UUGUUUAAACAAAUAAGUAAUUAUUGUUCGUAACAACAAUUUACUUAAAAUGCUCUCUAGUUUUAAAACUCCCGCCAAAAAAUACCAGGUUAUUAGGUCUAUAGAUAUACAUCUAUAUUAUUAUAUCUAUUAACAAGGGUGAAAAUGUCAACUUCAAGUCGGUAAUGUAGAUUACUUAAUCGGGUCGGUAAAGUAGUUAGCAAUAAAAGAAAUUUUGACGUAAUUGUAUCGCAAAAUUAAAUUAUUAUUAUUUAAUUAAUAAACCAAUUAAAUUGUUUUAAAUAAAUAAUGAUUAAAAGAAAAGCUCCUUCUGAAGAUAAUCCGAAUCAAGAUUUCUGCGAGUUCUUAAUCGGUAAUUCAAAAUCAAUACAAAAACAAUCAUAACCUCACUUUUUAUUUACAUCAAUCUCCCCCUUUAAUUAAGUUUAGAAUUAGCCGAUUACGAAAAGAAUGUAAAUCGUAACAUUUACAAAUACAACGCGUAUAAAAAAACUUUGAAAAAUUACACCGUGUAAACGUGACUUUCUAUUUUACUCCUCCGAAUUAACAAAUAGAGUAUAUAAAUUAAUUAAAAUGUUUUAAAUAAAUAAUCCUUAAAUUAAAAAAAAUCUAAAAAAUAAGGAUAAAAAUGUCAACUUCAAGUCGGUAAUGUAGAUGACUUAAUCGGGUCGGUAAAGUAGUUAGCAAUAAAAAAAUUUGACGUAAUUCGUAUCGCAAAUAUAAAUUGUUAUUAUUUAAUUAAUAAAUCGAUUAAAUUGUUUUAAAUAAAUAAUGAGUAAAAGAAAAGCUCCUUCUGAAGAUAAUCCGAAUCAAGAUUUUUGCGAGUUCUUAAUCGAAUUAGCCGAUUACGAAAAGAAUGUAAAUCGUAACGUUUAUAAAUACAACGCGUAUAGAAAAGCAGCCAGCGUAUUGGGAAAUCACCCAAUUAAAAUAACAUCAGGAAAAGAAGCAAAAAAACUAAAUGGAGUUGGAGAAAAAAUCGCGAAAAAAAUCGACGAAUUCCUACAAACAGGAAAAUUACAAAAACUAGAAAACAUUCACAAAGACGAAUCGUCGAUUGCGAUAAACGAAUUAACGAGGGUGAGCGGAAUUGGUCCGGCGAAAGCUCAAAGUUUAUUCGCGUCUGGUAUCAAAAGUUUAGACGAUUUAAAACGCAAUCAAAGUUCGUUGAAUCACCACCAAAAAGUGGGGUUAAAACAUUUAGAAGAUUUCGAAAAAAAAAUCCCUCGCGACGAAAUCCAAGAGAUCGAAGCGAUUUUAAAAAGCGAAAUUUCCAAGCUCGACCGCAACUUUACAGUUACAAUUUGCGGAAGUUACAGGAGAGGAAAAUUGGAAAGCGGCGAUAUCGACACUUUAAUAACUCACCCUGCGUUUACGAGUAAAUCAAAGAAAAUUAAACAGAAUUAUUUGAGUGAUAUCGUUGAUGUUUUAAGGGGUGAUUUAAUCAAGGAAACUUUGUCUUUGGGGGAAACUAAGUUUAUGGGGGCUUGUAAGUUGGGGGGUAAUAAUGAUAAUAAUAAGAAUGUAAUGAGGAGGAUUGAUAUUCGGUUGAUUCCUUAUGACCAAUAUUUUUGUGGGGUUCUUUAUUUUACAGGGUCUGAUUUGUUUAAUAAGGAGAUGAGGGGGUUCGCUUUGCAAGAGGGGUUUACUUUGAAUGAGUAUUCGUUGAGACCUUUGGGGGUAACGGGGGUUCCUGGGGAAGCUGUUGAGAUAAGUUGUGAAAAGGAUAUUUUUGAUUGUUUAGGGUACCCUUAUAAAGAACCGCAUGAAAGAAAUAAAUAACUAACUUUGUUUUA